AUGAGACUAAAGGUCAGGGCAGCGGUGCUCAGUGACAUCCCUAACUUGAUGGAGAUAUACUUCGUGGCGUUCAAAAACGACCUCGACAGGCUUUACUUCCCGGAUACCCCUCAGAAUCGGUUAUGCUGGACAAAGGAGCUGCAAGAUGAUAUUGUCGAUCCCGAUCAGCAAAUUCAAGUAGCCAUUGACUCCUCGAAUGGGGCCGAGGCAAUAAUUGCCUGGGCGCAGUGGGUAUGUUACGAUGCCGAGGAAGUUGCUGUCAAGCCGACGUACCUGGAUGAGCAAUACUGGGUGGAAGGGUCCGUCGCCAAGAGCCCAGAGAUGGAGUACGAAUUGUCUCCCGACGUGGAAGCUUCCACCGUGCUCGACUAUCUCACGGAGCAGUGGGCAACCCACGCUCGGAACGCCCCGAGAGACCAUUGGUAUCUUGAAAUUAUUGCUACAGACCCUAACCAUCAACGUCGAGGUGCUGGAUCGUUUCUUCUUGAGGAAGGCCUGAUUCGCGUUGAUAAAAUGGGGCUGGAGGUGUAUCUGGAGGGAAGCCCCAUGGCAGUGCCACUAUACAAGAGGUUCGGAUUCGAGGAAAAGGCAUCAAUCACGUUCACAUCCCCAGUUCAAACACGUCAUCAGAUCAUCAUGCUCCGGGAGCCUGUGCAGGAAUGA